CUUAUUUGAAAACAACUUAUCACAAUGUUCAUCAACUUGGUUUUCUUGCUGGAUUGUUUAGCAUGGAUCGAAUUGAUUUGGUAUUCGAUCAUGCUCAUCAUGACUUUCACUGGCGCAUGGGUCACAUUUCAAAGAUUUCGUUUAAAAACUUCAAUUCCAGCGAUUUAUUCUAAUCCUAAUUUACUUCCUUCAGUUUCAAUCUUAAGACCACUUUGUGGAAUCGAUCCUAAUCUUGAAGAAAAUCUUGAAUCUGGUUUUUUACAAGAAUGGCCAUUAGAUCGACUUGAGAUUUUACUUUGUGUGGCUAAUUCUAAAGAUCCAGCGAUUCCAAUAGCCGAAAAAGUGAUAAGAAAAUAUCCAUUAGUGAAUGCAAGACUUUUAAUUGGUGAAGAAAAAGUAGGGGUGAAUCCGAAAAUCAAUAAUUUAAUGAGAGCUUAUCGUACAGCAAGAUCUGAUUUACUUUGGAUACUAGAUUCAAAUAUACUUAUUCAACCUACAACACUUUCAAAAGCCGUUAUCAAACUAUUACCUACCAUUCCAACUCAAACACGUCGAAUCGGAUUAGUACAUCAUGUACCAUUAGCGAUUCUACCAUCAACUAAACACAAUGAAAUCCAUUUAGGUAGUUUAUUAGAAUAUUGUUUUUUAAAUGGAAAUCAUGCAAGACAAUAUAUCGCGAUCAAUUCAGUAGCCGUAGAAUCAUGUAUAGUAGGCAAAUCGAAUUUAUUUUUAAGAUCUGAUUUAGAAAGAUCCACAAGAUUAAGGAAUUUUGCUGAAAGGAUAAAAGAAGAUGAAUUGAUUGCUUUGGAAACCUUUUCUCAAUUCUUGGGUGAAGAUAAUAUGAUUGGUAAAACUCUUUGGGAAGAAUUGGAUCUUAGACAUUCGAUUGGAGAUGAUGUGGCUGGGAAUAUGGUGGGUGAACUUAGUUUGAGUGCUUAUAUUAGACGUAGGGUUAGAUGGAUUAGGGUUAGGAAAUAUAUGUGCUUGGCUGCAACACUUGUUGAACCAUUCACAGAAUCGAUUCUCUUAGGCUUAAUCACCAUCCUAAGUUUAAACCGAAUCAUUCAAAAUCCUAUCAUCAAUUCAACUCAAUUCAUCAUCCUACAUUUAACGUUUUAUUUCUUAUCAGAUUAUUUAGUUUGUAUUUCAUUACAUACCAACAAAUCAAUUCAUUCAAAACAAAUCAGUUUAAGUUUAUUUUUCAUGGGUUGGUGUUUGAGAGAAUCAUUGGCUUUUUGGAUUUGGUUUUAUGCUUUCUUUGGUGGGAAUUCGGUGGCUUGGAGAAAUGAAAGUUCGAAAUGGGUAGUUUUGAAGAAUGGUGAAGCUAGACAAAUUAAUUGAAUUUCUUUCAAUUCGUGGAGUUUGAGAAGUCCAGGGUGUGAGGAGGGGAGGAGAUUUAUUUUAUGAUCAUCUUGGUUUUCUAGAACAUUUGGUUUGGGUUUUUUUUGAUCAGUUUUGAUUUUUGUAAAUUUGUUUUGCAAAAUAUAUAUUUUUGAUUUCUGGUUUUGGUUUUGAUCUGAGUUUCUAUUGAUUAUUUUGUUAUCUUUGUAAAAUCUAAUUCUUUUCUUUCUCUUGGUCUUGGGUGGAGGGGUUUUUUUUCUUGAGGGGGUUUGGUGGGCUUUGAAUUUUCUUGAAAUAUCAUUACUUUUUUUCUCAAUGUG